GAUAUCCUUUCAGGGGGUCCAGCCUCUUCUCAUUACGCACAGUUGGUUGUGACGUUUAUUGGCUUAAAAUGUCCUUGCGCGUUUACACGGUGGUUUACGGGUAUGGGCUGAAGUUGUAUUUUUACAGUGAGACGCUGAAAGGGAAAAGCUACUGCUUCAAACACCGAUGAGCAGACACUCAGCAUCUCCUCUUGUCAGUGGAAAAAGCUAGCCUGCGCCGUGCUGUACGCAAAGCGUCUGGGGAGGCACAGUUCGGGUCUGCGUGGGGAAACUCGGAGCUGCUGUUGCUGUCAAGGAGCAGCUCCUGUCCUAAUUUGGCUGUGAGGACCAAACACCACUCAGCUGCCCAACCACACUAGAGUCUAAGAUGCCCUAGACGGGGAACAGGGAAAUGUAAAUGGCUUCCAAAGUAAAAGAUGCUGUGGUGUGGUACCAGAAAAAGAUUGGCGCCUAUGACCAGCAGAUAUGGGAGAAAUCAGUGGAGCAGAGAGAAAUAAAGGGCUUGAGGAACAAGCCCAAGAAGACAGGACAUGUCAAACAAGACCUGAUAGAUGUGGACCUGGUUAGAGGUUCGGCCUUUGCCAAAGCCAAACCAGAAAGUCCAUGGACAUCGCUCACCAGGAAGGGUAUUGUCAGGGUUGUCUUCUUCCCAUUCUUUUACAGAUGGUGGAUCCAGGUCACCUCCAGAGCCAUUUUCCUCUUACUUCUGGCUCUCUAUCUGCUGCAAGUUCUAGCAGCGCUCCUGUAUGCGAGCAUCCCUCAACCUCAUGGGAUACCGGCCACAGAGGUGUUUGGAGCCAUCUGGCUUAUGCUGCUGCUGGGCACCGUCCACUGUCAGAUCGUCUCCACCAGGACACCGAAACCUGUCUCCAGCAGCGGGGGGAAAAGACGCAGGAAGUUGAGGAAGGCAUCUCAGAUGGAGGUGCAUAGGGAAGGCGAUGGUUCUAGCACUACCGAUAACACACAGGAGGGGGCGCCACAUUCCCAUUCAGCCAGCACCACAUACAGCCUGGGCGCUUUCUUCCAAGAUUUCUGGCAUGAUAUCUGUAAAGCUGGAUCUAAGAAGUCCAAGCUGUCCAUCGACAAGUCCACAGAGACAGACAAUGGCUACGUGUCUCUAGACGGCCGGGUGACCAAUCGUAGCAGCGAGGAGGGGCUUCAGCUCCACGAGCAGCACUGUGAUUCGCUGAACAGAGCCGAUGAGGCGUGCUGGAACUCGCACAACCAGCCUGCACACACACACAAACCCCACAACACAGGUCUGAUGCUGGCAGGCGGCAAUAAGGAGCCAGCAUCAGACGAGGCAUCCAGUGAGGAAGACCCUGAAGCGUCCUACAGCGCCCUCCGCAGGGGAGUUGAAAGAAUGAAUAGUGACUGCAUUCUCAGAAAUCGCAAGAAUACACACCACUACAAGAAACACUACGCUGUGGAGGACGUUCCAAAGUCAGGCACCAGCUGCAGCUCCAGAUGCUCCAGUCUGAGGACUCAGGACUCAGAGAGCACUCGGCAUGAGUCCGAGACAGAGGACCUAAUGUGGGAGGACUUUCUUCACUGUGCUGAGUGCAGAUCCUCCUGCACAUCAGAGACAGAGGGAGAAGGAGGAGGGACGCCUGUCUGUCCUCCUGCUAAGAAAGAGUACAGGGACGAUCCCUUUCAUCAGGGUCACAUUCCCUGGCUGCACAGCUCCAACCCCGGUCUGGAGAGAGUGAGUGCCAUCGUGUGGGAGGGGAACGAGUGCAAGAAGGCCGACAUGUCCGUCCUGGAGAUCAGCGGCAUGAUCAUGAACAGAGUGAAUCUCUACACUCCUGGUAUUGGAUAUCAGGUCUUUGGGAAUCUGGUUUCAGUCACGCUGGGCCUCACUCCUUUUGCAUACAGACUUGCUCAGUACAGAGACGUGGAUCAGCUGACCUCGCUUUCGGCCAAUGAGCUGCUGUCUGUGGCUCUGGGAGGUGGGUCUGGAUCAGAUGCCUUGGUCAUCACAAUGGUAACCCUCAGCUUCCUGGUGCGUGUUUGCCUCAUAUGGCUCUUCUUCUUCCUGCUUAGUGUAGCAGAGAGGACUUAUAAACAGAGGCUAUUGUUUGCCAAGCUGUUUGGUCACCUGACUUCAGCCCGCAGAGCGAGGAAGUCUGAAGUCCCACAUUUUAGACUGAAGAAAGUACAGAACAUCAAGAUGUGGCUGUCGCUACGCUCCUACCUCAAGAGACGGGGUCCACAGCGUUCAGUGGAUGUAAUCGUGUCGUCUGCCUUUCUGCUCACUUUGUCUGUCGUCUUCAUCUGCUGUGCCCAGCUGCUCCACGUCCAUGAGACCUUCCUGGAGUGUCACUAUAACUGGGAGCUGGUGAUCUGGUGCUCCAGUCUGUCUCUGUUCCUGCUCAGGUUUGUCACUCUGGGCUCUGAGACCAGCAAGAAGUACAGCAACACCUCCAUACUGCUCACUGAGCAGAUUAACUUGUAUCUGAAGAUGGAAAAGAAGCCAAACAAGAAAGAGGAGCUGACGCUGGUCAACAACGUGUUAAAACUGGCUACUAAACUCCUCAAGGAGUUGGAUACUCCUUUCAGGCUGUACGGUUUGACGAUGAACCCUCUGCUCUACAACAUCACACAGGUGGUCAUCCUGUCCGCCGUGUCAGGAGUCAUAUCUGACCUGUUAGGUUUUAACCUGAAGCUGUGGAAGAUCAAAUCGUGACAUCGAACGGAGAAUCGGUGUUGACCUUUGCUCUCACUGACUGACUCACUGAACGCUCGUCUGACUGAAACAAGAACGUCUGCCUCGACAUAUCAGAGUGCUUUCAACGUUCCCACUUUGUGCAAUUCACAAACUAUUUAUUUACCCACUCAGUGUUUUUUUCUUAGUUUUUUUUUUAUUGUAGUUUGUUUCGUUUUUGUGUUCUUUGACACAAAAAAUGCUCAAUUUUAUUUGUCUACAAAAAGUGUUAGUAUUAUUAUUCUAAACAUAAGUUAUUAUGUGUAACGUCAUGGUUUAAGUUCUCAGCUACAUUUGCAUCCGUUCAGGAAUCUGAAGGCAAAGUAUUGACGAGGCAAAAAUCAUAUUAUUGUUUUAUUUGUGUGGCUUCACCUUAAAGUUACUUAUUUAUAUGUAGAGUGAGUUUCAAAACAAAACCUUCAACGAUGUUACAACUUUUAAACUCUGGAAAUCUCAAGUUAGUUUAGUGUUUUCUUUGGAUGAAGAAAUUGGAUGGGAUUUUACAAAUGUAUAAAGUUUCAAUGCUUUAAAGGAUGUAGUACGUUAUGAUCAGGCUACAGCUAAAGGUAUUUUCUGAGCUACAAGUCACAACCAUCCUUUUCUCUCCUCAGCUCUCAGAUGUUAACAGUUUUUAAAAGGUUUCAUUUACAUGACUGUUGAUAAAAGUCAGCAGUGACAUUCUUCAGGUAAAGAUUUUAAAUUGCUGUCCUAAUAGAUUCACAUAUUGUUCUCACUGGUGGUGACGUCAUCAGCAGUGCAAAGCAACAAUCAUCCAGUCGAUGGAAGUUACAGAAGACUGAGAAUAGGAGACUCUAGACACAGAUGAAAGCAUGACCACAGUCUGACAGUAUUUUCAGUUUUAUGUAUGACCUUGCAGUAAAAUGUUUUCAACAUUGGUUUAAACUUACAGGAAAUAUUAGAGAUUUGUUUAGUGUCACUUAUCUUAGGAGAGCUUGAUGCUGUGAAGUGCUGAUCGAGACACUGGCCUAUUCUCUUCAUGUUCAAUUUAUUCUGAAAUUAUUCAAUUGGUUAAAAUUUUAACAGUCCUAUACAUUUCACAUUUUGUAUUUGGAAGUACAACAUUUAAAAGUGCAUUACUGUGGUGUGAUUCUCUAGCACUAUAAGAUUAAUAUUCAACAGUGUCCAAAAUAUCAGUUUACUGCUUUCUACAAUUUGAUUAUUUUUGAUUGAACACAUUUAUGCAACACGACUUGUCACACAGGCAUCAUUACUCUAUCCUGCAUCUCAUGAGUGCAUGAAGACUUUAGAUUCCAUUCAUCAUUUUGUGAUUUGUGUUAGUAAGAUUAGAUUGUUCCAUCGUUCAGCAACUUACGUAAUUAAGUUGAUUUUACUUUAAAUUUAAUAUCGGACUCUGGACCUUAAGACUGCAGUUAAAACAGGUGAACGAGAGUGAAGAUAUGCACUUUAAAAGUUAAUAUUACAUAGAAGAAAAUAAGUUACAUCUUAGUUCUAUGUCACAGAGAUUUGUUGUACCUCUGCUGCAGGAUGUGUGUCUGCACUUCAAGCAGAACUUUAAAACGUGUUUUGACGAUUCACAUUAAUCUCAAGUAAAUCAUCCAUGGUACAUGAAGUCCUCAUGCCACAGUAAACAUCUUCAAUGUGACACAAGCUGUUCAUUAGUUAGCAUGUUACUAACUUCAUUCAUAAAAAUGCUAGCAUAAUCAUCUUCACUGUGUUUGAGGAGGAAGACCAAAGUGCUUAUUUUACCAUUUGUUUGUUGUUUGUUUGUUUGUUUGUUUGACUCUGCUGGAAAAAGAAUGUAUUUGCAGCAUUAUGCUUUAAAAUCUGUUUCCCUUUGGAAAUACUUUAAGUUUUAUUUUUGUUCUGUCAUUGUUCAUUUGUAAAAGUUUGUUAUCUCACGCUUGUUUGGAAGGUGAUCCACAUUUUACUGUGUUUUUAAGGAACAAAGAAGUUUGAAUUUUAUGUGUAAACAUGAGUUUAAUUAAAAAGACUCUAUGUUGUGAUUCUGUUUUCAAUGAUUCUAAAGAUUUAGAUUAAGAUUUUUUUUGUGAACUGGUCUGUCCACAAGGUCUACAUUUUUGUAAGAAAAAUAAAAAAUUGAUGUUGA